GGAGCGCCCCGGGGACGCGGCCCGCGCGGCACCGCCGGUGCCCGGCGCCGCCGGCCGCCAUGGGGGAACAACCUAUCUUCAGCACCCGAGCUCAUGUCUUCCAGAUUGACCCAAACACUAAGAAGAACUGGGUUCCCACCAGCAAGCAUGCUGUUACUGUGUCCUACUUCUAUGACAGCACAAGAAAUGUCUACAGGAUAAUCAGUUUGGAUGGCUCAAAGGCAAUAAUAAACAGCACUAUCACCCCCAACAUGACAUUUACUAAAACAUCCCAGAAGUUUGGCCAAUGGGCAGACAGCAGGGCAAAUACAGUCUAUGGCUUGGGAUUUUCAUCUGAGCAUCAUCUUUCAAAAUUUGCGGAAAAAUUCCAGGAAUUCAAAGAAGCCGCACGGCUAGCAAAGGAAAAAUCACAAGAAAAGAUGGAGCUGACAAGUACACCCUCUCAAGAAUCGGCUGGAGGGGAUAUUCAGUCUCCUUUAACGCCAGAAAGCAUUAACGGGACAGAUGACGAGAGAGCUACGCCAGAAGUGACACAGAAUUCAGAACCAAGGGCUGAACCAACCCAGAAUGCAUUGCCAUUUACCCAUAGUUCGACAAUCAGCAAGCAUUGGGAGGCAGAACUGGCCACGCUCAAGGGUAAUAAUGCUAAGCUCACAGCAGCCCUGCUGGAGUCCACUGCCAAUGUAAAACAAUGGAAACAACAGCUUGCUGCAUAUCAGGAGGAAGCAGAACGUCUUCAUAAGCGCGUGACUGAGCUAGAGUGUGUGAGCAGUCAAGCCAAUGCAGUCCACACACAUAAAACAGAAUUGAACCAGACAAUACAGGAAUUAGAAUCUACACUGAAGAAGAAAGAAGAGGAAAUCGAAAGAUUGAAACAAGAAAUUGACAAUGCCAGAGAACUCCAGGCACAGAGGGAUUCUUUGACCCAGAAGUUACAGGAAGUAGAAAUUCGAAACAAAGACCUGGAAGGCCAGCUGUCUGACCUAGAGCAACGUCUGGAGAAAAGUCAGAAUGAGCAAGAAGCUUUUCGCAAUAACUUGAAGACACUUUUAGAAAUUCUUGACGGAAAAAUAUUUGAACUAACAGAAUUACGAGAUAACUUGGCCAAGCUAAUAGAAUGCAGCUAAAGAAAAUGGGAUUUCAGUGCCAAUCAGCUUAAAGAUGCACUGUCUCUCUUCGUAGGACUUUGUUGGGCUCUGCAUCAAAGUUGCACAAAAUUAGAAAUGCUCCUCUGAGAGGGUUUGUUUUAAAUUUGAGUCAUAUUUCAAUGUAAAAUUCAGAACUCAGCUUGUAGCUAGCUGAAGAGAAAAAAAAGAAACAACAAAAAGCUUGAAUUACAAAUUACCUCCUUGUACUUUAUUGGCCAUAGAUAACUUGAAUGGUAUUAACACUAAUUGAAUGCAAUCCUUUUCUAAUUAUCAGUGAUAGAAGAAUUACCAGUGUCCCAGAUACAUCUGUUUUUUGUGACAGACACAAUAUAGGCCAUCUUCUCUUUUAUUUAUUUAAUAUAUUUAAUUGCUGUGUUUUGUGCAAGAACUUCCUGAUGACAGCCCUGUAUUUUGUUGUUAAUAAUUUCUCAGGAUUCUUUGCGCUGUGGAAAACCAGUGCCAUUACCAAUUUAUUCUUGCCAGGAGUGAGAGAAAGUUGCAUCUUUAAUUGAAACAAAGUUCCUAAUUGCUUGUGUGAAGUUAUUCUUUUUGGGUAUUUCAGUUGGUUGGUCAGCUGGUUUUUGUUUGUUCGUUUGUUUUUUUAAUCUAUAUAUAUACUGGGAUAUACCGUAUUUCUUUAUGGAGCUUACUCUGGUGUUCUACAAUAUUGUCCACUGUAAGGUUUACAUUAUCAUAUGAAUUCCUUGUAAUUACAGUGAAAUACUAUUUCCACUAAAUCUGUAUGUUGAAGCCAACCGAUGAUGGCAGGUGAGUCCCCGAGGAAAAAAAGAAAAAAAGGAAAAAUGAGAAUUUUGAAUGUAAGAUUUGACAUGCACAGAUAACGAGGAGCAGCUGGUCAUUUGCUGUCUGGCCUUGCUACAUAUUUCAAAUACCUAUGUCAAAUUAACUGUUAGCCUGUUCUGCAGGAGACUUUCUCAGAAUGUCACAUGAAUUUCAGAUUUUGUGAAUAAUGGCUCAUGGGGAGCAAUAUUUAUUAAGACUGCAUUAAGGGCAAGAGAUGUUGCAAGGGACUACUUGGACACUGAAAUUGUCCAGCCAAGAAGGGUGUUUGUAAAAUUUUUGCUGUCACAACAAGUUGAAAUGGAGACGUGUUUACUCUUUUAUGGGUCUUCAUAUCACAUCCUUAUUGAAACAACACCAGGCAGUAUUCACAACUGCUAACAAAAAGCUUAAAAACAGGAGAAAAUUGAAUCUUUAUCCUCAAUGAGCAGGUUUUAAAGUUGUUUUGAGGAAGUUUUAACAGACUUUUGGCAACCACGCAUUUCUUUAUAUAAUAGAUUUACUUAAAAAAAACCAACAACAACAAAAACCAACUCCGAAAGGUAAGCCAAGUGUGACGUGUCUUGCUUCAAAGUACAUUCUUGCCAUAAACUAAUUGCUUAUGAUUUUGAAGAGGGCUUUUUUAAAAUGUAUGAAUGAGUGUCAGACUUCAGAGUUGAAAGAUGCACUGUUUGCUCCCCAGGUUUGUUUGAAUGUUAAACAUGAAAUCUAGCUGCUUAUAAAUUUGUACAACAUGAUUUUCUCCACUUAGAGACUGCUACUGAAAACUAGGAAAGAUAAGUUUGUUUUUGUGUGUAUUGUAUGUAAAUACCAUACAAUACACACAGGUUAUUUAUAUUAGAAAUACAUGCUUUAUUUCUAAAAUACGUUUUUUUUCUCUUUACCAGUGAUUUAUCAGGUGUCCCCUGACUAGUCAGGAAAGUGGUUUAGGUCAAAUGCUAAACCAUCGUGUAUUAUACUGUAUGUAAUGUACACAAUGUUUAAGUUUUAUCCAUAUUUUCAGGGUAUUUUCUCACCUAUUUUCUUUAUUGAUGGGGUAGAGGAGCUUGACUCAGUGUGCUACUGGUUGAAAACUUUGUGGUGAGCUACAUGUUUUUCUUUCAGUGAUUUUAGGCAGUGAUGUGUACAUCUUCAUCAGGUCCACACGAGCAAAUAUCACAAGAUUUCAAUUUAACUGGGGAUGUUUGGGCCCGAUUUUCCUGUCACUUGUGCUGCUGUAAACCAGAUGCGUCCCUGAUGUGGUGUCAGCAGUGUUUAGCUGGCAUAACAUUGGAGGAAAUGCAAGGAGAAUCUGGCCCGUUAAUUACUGCUCAGUGGACAUAAUAAGGAUGAAGAAAGAAUAAAAACAUUAGAAACUUGAUGAUGGAAUAAAUGUAAUAUUAUUUUUAAUGAUAUUAUUAUUGACAUUUUUAAAGAUAUGAUGUCAUUUACAUGUGGGAAAAUAGUGGACAGAAAUACUUCCACUUAAAUUUUGUGAAUAUGUGUGGUACAUGAGUAUUUCUAUGUAUACGUACACACACAUAUGUAUAUAAAGAACAUGAAAAAAUUUAGAUGUGCACAUUUUUAAUAUUUUCCUAUUGAAAUUAAAUUUUAAAUUGGAAAUUGAUAUUUGAGAAUUUCUUUUCUCAUUCAGUAGAUAUGCUUCAUUUCAUUUUUUACAAUUACUGAGGGCUGCACCUUUGAAUUCCCAAGCAGUUGUCAAACAUGAAAUGGGAUAAGGUAGACUUACGUGCACAUAUAAAUAAAACCUGAAUGCUAUGAGUAUUUUUAAUGUUUAUUUACAAUAGGUGGGUGUUUAGAGUUUGAAACCUGAAGUUCAUUCAUAGGUGGUUAUGCCUACUGUAGCCUCUCCAAUUCUGUUUCAAGAUAAUAGUUUGCUUCUUUGAAACGUGACUUUUCCCAGAUACAGGUAUUAUGAAUUGUAUCUAUCUUUGAUGAAACUGUGGGAAUGUGUGUACCUGAAAACACUGUUGAGUACUACAGGUUGAAAAACAACAUCAUCUUGUGUAGGAGAGGCGAGCAGCCACAUUGCAUAGACUUUGUUAAAUGGCAACUAUAGUCUUGUUUAAAAAAGAAAAAGAAAAAAAAAAGAGCAACAAGAAUUACAGUGAGAAAAAACAAGCAACUGAUAAACAUCUAACAAAAACUGAAGAAAAAUCAGAAAUACAGCUUUUAUUUUGAAAUACACUUGCUGUUCUCUGGAGAAUGUACUUUUACUCUUUAUUUUUUUCCUUAUAUCUUUUCAAGUAUGUGCAAGUGAUAGCAGCAGCUACCUUAAUCUUUCAGGUGCUACUGGAUUUUGCAUUAGCGUGUUAUGUUGUGAAAUCCUGACUCUGACAUAAAAGAUUUUUGUAAGUAUAUUCCCGUCCAGAUAGUUGGUUUUUGGAGUGUCUUGUUCAUAAUCCAUAUGCCUCAAUGAUCCAGAAAUCGCAUUUUUCUAUGUGCACAAAGUAAAAUGUGUGAAUUAAUGUCUGUUACAGACUGGGGAUUCCUUUUCCUGGCUAAUAUACCAGGAAAGAGGCAAACAAAAUGAACUGAUAAUGCAGAAAUAUUGUUAUAAAGUCUCUACGAAAAUACAUUUUCAGGUAAAAUAUAAUAAAGGGCUAAAACAGAUGUAACACAAACAAGUAUCGUCUAAUGCUAUUGGUGGCAUUCUGAGGGUAAUUCCUUCACCAAAACCCUGCAGGAGUGAGCAAUGCGUCAAUUAAAAUGAAUAUUUUGGGAUGCGUCUUGUCAGUUGUGGAAGGUUUCUGUUUUCUGCUCUGUUUUCUACAGGUUAGGGACUAACUCCAGGCUCCCCUGCAGCCAGGGGCUGAACCUUACUUUGUUUCGUUGCUGUUCAUGUUCUGUACCAGAGUGGCUGUGAGCAGUGCCCCGUGAGCACCUCGUUCAUGAGGAGCUUAGUUUCAAAGGCAAAAGGAGAAAAUCUUUGUCGGAAACACAGCAUGGGAAGGGAAAUGGAAAAAUGGCACGGAGCUUAAUUCUCUGCACAACCGGGUGUCAACAAAGGCGCUUGAUUGAUCUGGUUGAUGAGAAAACCUUGGAUCUUGAGGCCAAAUAUCAGUAGAGAUUAGGUCUGGAGGUUGACAGGGGGUCAAAAAAAAGCAUGAAGAACCUGCAGCCAAGCAUGUGCGGUCUCAGUAGCUGAACAUGCCAGCUGAAGUGCGCGGCUUUACACCCAUGUUUUUUCGGGAAAUGAACCUGGCUCUGCAAAGCAAUGCCCAGACUGUCGUUUACAUUUUCUUAACAAUGCUGCAUACGUGCACUACCUCUGAAUGGUGCUAAGCAGAGAACAUACCACAGAAUAAUAGGCAUUUCCUAAGACCUGUGUUUUUCUUUACACAAUUAGUUUCUUGGCUUACUCCAGUUGCUCCUGACAAGUAUGACGGAUUUCACCUUGUGUUAAGUGUUUGAGAGCAAGCAGCAGUGCUGGCUAGCCCCUGGUGUCAGCCCGUGGUGCCGCAGCUCCUGACUCACCUCCUGGGUCUCACAGCCUCUCUU